CAUGUGAAUGUAACUCGCCAUAUGUGAAAUGUCUACGAUUCUUUUGCCAGAAAAAUCGAGUUUUUAGGUAUCCUAUGACAGGGUUUGAUAGCAGACAGCAGUUAUGGUAAUUAUAUGGUAAUUUUGUGAUUGGCUUAUUCCACGCGGAAUUGUGAGCGGUCAGUUCACUUCCUUACUGCGUGUGUGGGAGAGAGAGCCAGCGUGUCGGACCUCAAGUCAACACCGAUAGAGUUAGAGGCGUUUCGGGGGGACAGUUUUGCUAACAGCGGUGAUCUGAGUGCCACCAGUGGUCAAGUGGCAGCGUUAGAGCUAUCUGGGUAGUGGUUGGAGGAUUUGGAACGAUCAGUGGUGGGAAAUAAAGGGAAGAUGUCGGCGGCAGAGAGACCCUCUACGUCCGCUGCCUCCACCGAGCGCACCGCCGGGGAUCGAGACCGGGAGCGAAGUUCCCAAAAGGACAACAACAUGAAGUUCUUGAAACAGAACGGCCGAUCCCUCAGCACCAGUGCCAAGAGGAUCCAGAGAGAACUCGCCGAGAUCACACUCGACCCACCCCCCAAUUGCAGUGCUGGUCCAAAAGGAGACAACCUGUAUGAAUGGGUGUCCACCAUCCUGGGGCCACCUGGGUCUGUGUACGAGGGCGGAGUUUUCUUCCUGGACAUCCACUUCUCACAAGACUAUCCCUUCAAACCUCCUAAGGUGACAUUCCGGACUCGUAUCUACCACUGUAACAUCAACAGCCAAGGUGUGAUCUGUCUGGACAUACUGAAGGACAACUGGAGCCCCGCCCUCACCAUCUCCAAAGUCCUGCUGUCCAUCUGCUCACUGCUAACUGACUGCAAUCCAAGUGACCCCCUGGUUGGCAGCAUAGCCACUCAAUACACAAACUCCAGAGAAGAGCAUGAUAGGAUAGCUCGCCAAUGGACCAAGAGAUAUGCCACAUAAAGCCACGAGAACUGCCGCCAAUUUUGCCCAAAUGUACAUGUAGCUAGUAAAACAAUUUCCUACAUGAACUGCUUUAGUUACAUGUGAAUUGUAAUCUGCAUACUAUAGAGAAGACUGUUGGAAGAGUAAGAAAAGUAAAGUUUUGGAAAAUGAAAAAAAAAAAAGCAAUCUCGUCUUGCCGUUUUGUAGCCAUGCACUAACUAGAAGUUACUAGUAAUAUAGACUAGUUGUAUGAAGGUUGUUAAUUGUAAUAGAAUGUGAUCAUGAGAGUAGAUGCUUGACUGUUUGACGUCAAAAUGAUGUACAUGAAAACUUGCCUAUACAUUUCAGCAGUCUGAUUCUGAAACAUUUUUGUUACUUAAAUUGCCUUUUUCUUUACAUGAAUGCUCUCUAACCGUAUUGUGAUAUUUCCCAAGUUUCCAAAGAUGUCACGGCAAUAGUGAGACAAUUUUUGACAGAUUUAGUGUUUCCAUUGUUUUUUUUGGGAGAACCGAAGAGUUAUUCAAAUAUUGUAAGAGAGAGCCCAACAAAAUCAGUCCAUUCAGGUUUAAGUGGAGCUUUUCCAUGGGUAGAGUGGAAUAUGGUUAUGGAAAAACAAUAGAUGUAGCAUCACGAAGAUAAAUGCCUUCAGAUGCAUUUUCAACCUCACUGAUAUUAUCAGAGUAAACUCAUAUUCACAUACAAUCUGUCAUCACGAAUGUAAGGACAUAGAUUUUUUUAUCAAUGGUAUUACAUUUAUUUAGUUGUUGUACUGUAAGCUAUUGAAUGUGUAUGCAGUCCUUGCAGCCAUACUCGUUAACAGGUGGCAGUCGUAAUGUCUUAUACAAUGGCAUUGUAGUUGUUUGUUUAGGAAAUUCCAUUGGAAUACAAAAUUUGAUGGAGAAAUUCCCUACCAUUAGCACGGCGAUCCAGGUAUAUUAGUGAAGAUGUGAUAUAUUUUGCCAAAGACGUUUGCUCAUUUGUGCUAAAAGUAUCUUUUUUAGAUUUGCAAAUGUGGGUAUAGCCAAUCAAUGAAAACUCAGAUGGUUUCUAGUUGUACGUCCCUGCCUAUAUGCUAGCACAUAUUGCCUGCCCUGUUCAAAGGUAUAAAAGAAUGCUGACCAUCUGAAAAUUUGUAACACCAUUUGGUUUAUGUAGGGUGAAGCAGAAAAGAAACAUUUUGUAGAUUUAGAAUAAGGGAAAUGCUACGUACAUUUUUUGAUAUGAUGUUUUUCUUAUAAGUUAGUGAAUACAACUUUUUUCAUGUCAUUAAGUGCAUUACAUACUUCACAACUGCUAGCACUACAGUAUUUAUUCCUAUGUCAUUAUUUUAACCUUUAUGGUGCUGUAUGGACUGUAGCCAUUGAUUCAUUGUCAGAUUGUCUAAACUAAACUGCAAUAAUUGUGGAUUCAUGCCAAGCAGUUGGACUGUACGUCCCCUUUAUCAGACUGAUGUAUUUAUUGUAAAUAAAUGUU